UUUCUAUUGUGUGGGUACAAAACACAUUGUUGUAGUAAGAAACCAAAAAAGAAAAACAUUAAAAAAAAAAAAAAAACAGCUUUUUAUAUAAUCUUUGCUCCCUUUGUUUGCCGCAGAACUUGAAUUACAGUAAACCCUACACCUUAUCCUCUUGAUGCUAGUUACUGCAGAUUGGCGAAAAAUUUGGAACAGUGUUCAUACUAGCUACUUGAGUUCAGCAUACCCGGAAACUGCGGGAAAUAAGAUUCGACAAAGAUGAGGAAGAUUGUUUAUACUAGCUACUUGAGUUGAGCAUUAGCUGAAAGUGCAGGAAACAAGAUGUUGGGUUGCUUGACUGAAUUGGCAAAGCCAUGGGUAGAGAAAUUGAUAAAUAGGACGGCUACCGAACUAAGUUAUAUUUGUUGCUUCACAUGGAUUGCUAAGGAUUUUGAAGAAGAAAAAGAUAGGUUGGAAUCAAUAAGGACAACUAUCAAGCAACGCAUUGAUGUGGCAAUCAGAAAUGGGGAACAAAUUCGAGAUACAGCUAGUUUUUGGGAAAAACAAGUUGAUCAACUCAUUCAAGAAGACACCAAAACAAAACAAAAAUGUUUUUUCAAACUUUGUCCUCAUUGCUUAUCGAGAUAUAAAAGAGGAAAAAUACUGGCAAAUGAGAAGGAACAUAUUAAAAAAUUGAUAGAAGAUGCAAAGACACUUGAAAUUGGACUCCCUGCUCCUCUUCCCGGUGUUGAACGCUAUUCAUCCGAAAACUAUAUGCAUUUUAAAAGUAGAGAAUCCAAAUACAAAGAGCUUUUGGAUGAACUCAAAGAUGGCAACAAUUAUAUAAUUAGAUUGCAGGGGAUGGGGGGCACUGGAAAAACUACAUUGAUCAAGGAAGUGGGUAAGCAACUUAAGAAUUCAAAACAAUUUACUCAUAUCCCUUUUACAACAGUGUCACUUUUUCCUAAUAUUAAAAAGAUUCAAGAUGAUAUCGCUGGGUCCUUGGGAUUGAAUAUGGAUGACAUGAAUGAAUCAGAUCGACCCAAAAAACUAUGGAGCAGAUUAACCAAUGGUGAGAAAAUUCUUCUAAUAUUGGAUGACAUGUGGGGUGAUAUCGAUUUUGAAGAAAUAGGGAUUCCAAGCAGUGACAACCACCAAGGCUGUAGGCUUAUUGUAACCACGCGUGAUCUGUCGGUGUGCAACAAAUUAGGAUGCACUAAGACAAUCGAACUAAAUCUCUUAUCUGAAGAUGACGCGUGGAUCAUGUUCAAAAAACAUGCUGGUCUAAGUGAAAUUUCAAAAAACGUUUUGCUUGACAAAAGCCGUAAAAUUGCAAAAGAAUGCAAAAGGUUACCUAUUGCAAUUGCUAUUAUCGCUAGUAGUUUGAAGGGCGAAAAACAUCCAGGUGAUUGGGAUAUGACCUUAAAAUCCUUGCAAAAUAUGUCCAUGCACGGUGGUGGCGACGAUGAACUUGAUAAAAUUUAUACAUGCUUGAAGUUUAGCUUCGAUAAUAUGAAGAAUGAAAAGGACAAGAGUCUAUUCCUUUUGUGUUCUUUAUUUCGAGAAGAUGAAGAGAUUCUUAUCGAAAAGUUAACCAGACUAGCCAUCGGAGGAGGCCUUUUGGGGGAAGCUUAUGGCAGCUACGAAGAUGCUCGAAGUCAAGUAGUUAAAUCCAAAAAUAAACUCUUAGAUUCUUUUUUAUUGUUGGAAGUCGAUCAUUGGACAUUGAAAAUGCAUGACUUGGUUCGUGAUGUAGCCCGAUGGAUAGCGAACAAAGAGAUUCAAUCAGUACAAGUGCAUGACAAAAAUCAAAAGGCAAUGGUUGAAAAGGAAAGGAAUAUUAAAUAUUUGUCUUGUGAAGGGAAGGCAAAGGAUGUGUUUUCCUAUAAGCUUGAUGGUUCCAAGCUUGAGAUUCUAAUUGUCAUCGUGCAUAGGGAUAAAGACGGCCUGAAUGUGGAGUUUGAAGUCCCAGAUUCAUUUUUUCAAAAUCAUACCAGCCUUCGAGUUUUUCACUUACUCGUUGAUGAUUAUUUGAAAGGUGUAUCAUCAUUACCUCAAUCAGUUAAAUUGUUGAAGAAUAUUCGAUCUCUUAUCUUUACACGUGCUGAUUUGGGUGACAUUUCUGUCUUGGGAAAUCUACCAAGUCUUGAGACACUUGAUAUGGAUCAUUGUGAUAUUAAUGAAUUGCCACACGGAAUUACAAAUCUAGAGAAAUUUAGAUUGUUAAAAUUUGAAUGUUGUAAAAUUAGAAGGAAUAAUCCAUUUGAAGUGAUUAAAAGUUGCUCAUCACUUGAAGAGUUGCAUUUCGUAAAAAGUUUUAAUGGUUUUUGUGGAGCAAUAGAUUUCCUUGAAUUACAGAGGUUUUGUGUAAGUGACGAUUCAGUUGAUUGUUCAUCGUCAAAGUAUGUGUCUGUUGAAUGCAGUAAUGUGGUUUUCCUAUCUAAAACAACACUCAAGUACUGUAUGCAAGAAGCAGAGGUUCUUAGACUAAGAAGAAUGGAAGGAGGAUGGAGAAAUAUCAUACCUGAUAUUGUUCUUAUGGAUCAAGGUAUGAAUGAUCUAGUUGAGCUUAGCUUAUGUUGCAUUUCACAACUGCAGUCCCUUAUUGAAACUAAGCAUCCUUAUUCCCAUCUUUCAAAUGUGUUCUCCAAGUUGGUUCUACUACAUAUGGAAGAAAUGGAAAAUUUGGAAGACUUGUCCAAUGGUCCACUUUCCUUUGAUUCUUUUAAGAGUUUAGAGAAGCUAUCAAUCAAGGAUUGCAAACACUUGCAAAGCAUAUUUAAGUGCAACGUAAACCUAUGCAAUCUAAAGAAAGUAUCACUGAAGGAAUGCCCGAUGUUAAUCUCUCUAUUUGACCUAUCAACUGCUCGAAGCCUAGUGUUGUUGGAGAUAUUAGAAAUAGUUGACUGUGGCUAUCUCGAAAACAUGAUAACAGAUGAAAGAAACGAGGAAGGGUCAAAAAGAGAAAUAGUUGAUGAUGAUAUAAGGAGUCGCGACCCAAUAUUUCCGAAACUGAAAGUUCUUGUAAUUGAGAGGUGUCCAAAAUUUGAAAUAAUACUUCCAUUUGUGUCUCCUCAGGAUCUUCCGGCACUAGAAUCCAUCACAAUGAAACGGUGUGAUAGGCUGAAAUACAUAUUUGGUCAAGAUGUUAAACUUGGUUCCCUAAAAUAUAUUAGUCUUUUUGCUGUACCCAAUUUGAUUGACAUUUUCCCGGAAUGUACUGCGGUGUCUUCGUCCAUUAAGAGAUCAUCUUCUACUGCUUCCAAACCACCAACAGAGUCGGACCGAAUGAAAUGCAACAUCUUUUCAUGGACUGAUAUGUACAGUUGUUGUAAAAAUUAUGAGAGGAGAUUGACAAGUACCACAAGUACUAAAAUUCCAUUGAUUUAUGAGAGUCAACUGCAAAAGAACUUAGUGGAAUCAAAUUCACAUUUCUUUAACAUAUGGGAGCGUGUUCAAUGUCUUUCAAGACAAUCAAUGAUUUUGUGCAAUAUAAAAGAGAUUGAACUGUUUGGUAUUUCAAAAAUAAAAUCAGUAUUUAUCUUAUCUAUUGCUCCAAGAAUGUUGUUGGAAACAUUGACAAUCAGUGACUGUGGUGAGUUGAAGCACAUAAUAGUAGACACUAGAGAUCAUGACAGUACUACUGGUGGCAAUAACUUGGGCAAUAUCUUUCCAAAGUUGAAAAUGCUCAAAGUUCAAGGCUGCUGGAAAUUGGAAUACAUAUUUGGACACUACAAUCUUGAUCAUGAAAACAAGACUGAGACUCAUCUUCAUCUUUUAGCAUUGGAACGUUUCAUUCUUUUCGAAGUGCCAAGUUUUGUCGCCAUAUGUCCCAAACAAUAUUACACAACAUUUCCAUCUUUGAAAGAACUUGUACUAAUAGGCUUGCAUGUUGGAUCUAUUUCUAUAUCUCAUAUGACAAGAUCUGCAUACAGGACAAUCACAAAGGAGUUUAGUGAGAACAUGCCGUCUUUGGAAACACUUGUGUUAGAUAACUCUAAAUUAGAAAGUAUAUUUUGUGUCAAUGAAGUGAACCAACAUAAGAUGAACUUAGGGUUGCAAAACAUUCUGCUGCAUCGUCAGCUUGUGAUGACAAGUCUUUUUGAGGGUCCCAAAAGUUCUUUUGCCCUCUUGAAUUUAACAACAAUAAAAAUAGUGCAAUGUGAAAAAUUAGAAAUAAUUUUCUCUGAUUCUAUCUUAAAAUGCCUACCACAACUGGUUCAUCUAAUAAUAAAUGAAUGUGGAGAGUUGAAGAAUAUAAUUGAAGAUGAUUCAGAGAAUCAAAAUAUGUCAAAUUCCUCUUCCUCAAAGACAUGCUUCCCAAAGCUAAGAAUACUUGUUGUAGACAAGUGCAACAAGUUGAAAUCUGUAUUUCCGGUCUCCGUAUGUAAUGAGCUUCCUGAGCUAAAUGUUUUGAUCGUAAGAGAAUCACAUGAGAUAGAGGAAAUAUUUCAAAGUGAAGGUGAGGAGGGGAUUCAGAAAGUCAUGCCUCCAAAUUUGAAAGUUGUAGUAGUUGGCAAUCUCCCAAGCCUCUCCGAGACACACAUAAUUCAAUUUCAGACGGUGAAAUAUAAUUUUGUACAGAAUUGUCAAAAACUCUCUUUCACUUCAGUAUCGACAUACGCGGACUUCACAAAUAUUAUGUAUUUAAUCAGAUCGCUAGCUAUGGAUCAAGAAACGUCAACAUACAUGAGAUAUCUAUUUGAAGAAUUACAACUCAAAGCUGGUGUUGAAAUCAUUCCAUGUUAUUAUUACGCUGGUGGUACAAUCAAUCCAUAUUAUUAUGACAGUGGAAUUGAAGUUGAAGAAGCAUCAAGCUACGCGUUGAAAUCUUCACAGGUCAAUACCAUUUUAAAAACAAAGAACAAGACUCCUAAACAAAAGGGUAUUGAGAUAAGUGUUGAAGAAGGAACUACAUCAAGUAAUGUCAAGACAAUAACAUCAUUAACCAAUUUAGAAUUGGAAUAUGGUGAUGGCCAAAUAGACACAGUUUCCUUUUCAAUUUCAAAAACUGAUCCUCUUACCGUGGAAGAUGAUGUUGUUCUUGAGGACUCACCGGAAACAGCUCAGACUAAUAAUCAAGGAGAUUCUUCUCAAAUAGUAGAAGAUUUUGGUUCUUGUUUGCUUGUCCCGACAGAGCUUGACCAACUAGUCUCUGAGAAACAUUUGCAUCGUGAGAACUUGUCUUUGUUGACUGAUUUCCUUGUCAAGCAUCCUUCUCUUCUUUUAAGGGACGCUUCGCUUAGUAAUAGAUACAAGGGUUGUGCCUACAACUUUCUAGCUGAGCUAUUGAAAUUUCUGCAAACAUACAGUGUAUUGGAUGUGUUAGGUUCAAGCCACUCUGAAUUUGUUGAAUUAUUGAAAGAUACACGCAGAUUUCCUUUUGAUAAGGAAUGGUUGGAUGUGGUGGAAAAACGUGUUUUGUUUCCGGGUUUACAAGUCUCUCAAGCUGCAUUGCAAAAGUUGUUGGACUCGAAACACAUCUUUAUUGAACAUGUGAAGGAACUGAAGCCGUUUUGGAAAAUAUCACUCAUCAGGAGGCACAAAUUUUAGAAACUCGAGCUGCUUUAAGUCAUCCUAUCGGUUAUUAGACCAUUUCCUGCAUUUCUUCACUGCAUUUACAUUUCAACUAUUAUCUUUUCUCUGCACUCUUUUUUCCUUCAUCAAGGUUUUAUCCCAUUGGGUUUUACUUGGUAAGGAAGAAAGCUCUCUUACAUUGUAUUUUCAUCUAAUCCCCCAUAUUCAUUUUUAUUAAUAUUUAUUUAACUUUACA